AUGGCAGAUUCUCAGUUAUUGUCGAAUACAAAUGCAGCUGAACUGAACUUUUAUCGCGCUCUGGCUAACUUUAGUCAGAAGGCAUACCUCAGCAGUGAUAACGCGAAAGCUUGUUGCUCAGAAUUACUGGAAACUACGAGAAAAUUACUCGAAACUCAAAGCAAUAUAUCGGAUGAUCUGAUUAUUCAUCUAGCAACGACCAUAAAAAUGGCCCUUUACCGAGAUAGUAAUCGUCUGAUUAUAAAGGAGCAGCGUAGUAUUCCUCGCCGUACAAGUUCGAAUGUGAUGAAAGUAGCAUUCCCGAUUAUUUAUGAAAUCUAUACGGCAGUCGGCUUUGAUCGCUUCAAACGUGAGGUGGACGGAACUCCUCUUUGCAUUGACCGAUGUACUUUGUUUAUUUGUCCUCGUCCACCCCCUCUACCAGGCAACAAAUACACGCAUGGACAAUUUGAUAUUCCAUCUCAUUCAGAAGUGAAACACAUUCCAUUCAAGAAUGUUCAGCAUGCUGUGCACAACAUCAACGAUCUGUUCUCAAUCUUAAGUCUAAAACAGAAUGAACCAAAUGUAACCGGUAACAUAAAUGCUCCUACAGAACAAGGCGUCGAAGUUCAUUUUAUUGGAGGUCAAAAUCAUGCUUAUCAUGGACCAGAUUUCAUCUGGUUUGCACCUCAACCGUCAACAACUUUACCAGAAGAGACUCAAUGCACGUGUCCACCACUCAACAUGAAAUUUUCUGUGUAUGGCAGUUAUAUUUUUCGUAUCCCCUUUCGCAAUCUGCUUCGAUUCAAAACAUACUGUCUUGGAACUCGACAGUACGGCAAAGAGUUCUGCCAUUCAAUUAUGUUCACCGAUAAAGAUGUUCAAACUGUUAAACUCGAAAAAGAACUUCAAUCGACGGAAUUGAUCAACACAGGACUCAUCGAACAAGUUAGUGAUGAUUCUUUCGACUGGCUCUUGCAUCGCUCAGCAGAAGAAGCGUAUGAUCAAUUGGACUUCGCUCUUGCCGCUAGUGAUAUCAAAUGGAAUACACAUGAUAGCGGUGUUCGACUAGACUUCAUCGAUCAUCGUGAAUGUGUACGUAACUUGUUUAUAGCACGUCAAACCGAUUGCCAACCAGUGACACGAUCAGAUGCCAUGCAAGAAUUUAUGCGAUGUCUGACGGAAAACAGGAUUGAACUAAGUUCAAUAAAGUCUUUAUUUGACGAAACGGUUUAUUGCGAGCUACAAACAAUCCUGCGAGCAAAUCCACUCUGGAAUCAAAACAUGAUCUCUGAAAAUUGA